UACGACCGAGCAAAUGCAAGCUUGCUAUGGAUAAUGGAACAAACAGGGUCAAAUAACCUGAUCGGACUAUGAUCAUGAUCAUAUUGUUUCCUACACCAGCCUCCAACCUACUAGAUCGUAGGCAUAAGUACUCACGAGUUCGCUGCGAUAGCUGUCGUCUUUUGUGGUGGAUGCCGUGAACUCUGGAUUCUCUGUAGCUGGCUGAUAUCACUAAAUAUCCCAUCGCAACCACGCUGGAGUUACUGGUUGCGUGCACAGUGGCGCACAAGAUAUAUACGCGAUCUUACAUAUCGACGCAUCUCACACACCUCUCACUGUUACUAUAGUUAUUACCAUUUCCCCUUGCAAUCACGAUUUCUGCUUCACUAUGCCUAACUGGACAAUCAUCCCGCCAACCAUGGAGGACCUUGAUCAACAUUAUUGUCACCCAAUGAUUGUGAAAUUGUUUCGCAUCAUGAAGGCCAUUUACGGGCUUUUGGAUCCGCAAAAUGAACCGUCGGGGAUCCAUGAAGGAAAACAUACCGCAACCUUUGGUUAUGAAAAUUCAGAAGCAUCUGAUGAAUCUUCUGUACUAUCAAGCCUUUUCAUCCAUUUUGGUCUAUCCAGCCAGACUUCUCCUCGCUUUGCUAUCAUAUUACCGUCUAUGCAAAUCGAAGACUUGACGCAAGGAUCACGUAUACCCGUCCCGUCUGAGCUCGUGCCGACCGUGACAGACAUCUGCGAUUUCGCCGUUGUGAGGUCUCAGUUUACCCCAGAUCCAACAGAAUACGAAAUAGACGAACCAGAGAGCUACCCUGCAGGUCAGGUGUGGGAACGAGUUCAAAUGCAGAAAUAUCACGAGCUCCUUUUGAAAGAAGGCUUUAUCCAGAGCACAGACCCUCGACACAGUCAUCGAUGCGAUAUUUGUCGAUCAGACCUUCUCCAAUGCAAGGUUUGUUUAAAAGUCAUGUGUCCUUCGCGCAGCUGCGCUGCAUUUCCGUUGUUCUGCAUGCGCUGGCGGCCAUGUGCCGCAGGACACCACUGUUGGUACAGUGACAUCUGUAUUGAUUGUGUCGUCGGCGGCACAACCUGCCUAUGCGAGGAAACCUGGACGUGCGAUCUCUGCACAGAAAAAGGCGGCUUCUUUUUACGUUGUCUUCGCUGCGACAGGCCAUUUUGCCGUGAAUGCUCGUACCUUGUGGGAUGUCGUGGCUGUAGAGCUUCGAACCUCUGCCACGACUGUGCCGAAGAAGCCCCAGAGAAUGUAGCAAAGGAAAACUACGUGGAACUCGUCGGCCCGUGCACAAAAUGUAAGUCUCCAGUCUGUAAACCCUGCGCGAUGGCGGCGGCAGCGGGCACGUCCGUUCAUAUCGCUGUUGUUAGUUUCUCGACGGGGUGUGACUGUAUUAAAUCGUAUAAAUAACGGGGCAGCAACUUGUUGCUAUUGGCUGGUAUUUGUACUUGCAGCCUUGAACAAGAUCAAAGAAUAUAUGUCAUUUUUGUGUUGGUGUAUGAUGAAACUUGAAGCUCGUACUUGUUCGAGUGAAUAUGGUCCACAAUGAUCACAUCAUUUUUUUGGAUCCUGGUUUAUUGCGCGUCGGGGCGAAGCCCGAUGUCGGACACCACCUACUCUAUUCUACUGGCGGUUGGUCCUAUUGAG